GAGCGCCCUGGGCUGCGGCCGGACGCCGCUGGGCCCGAUCCUGCACGGCCCCACUUUUGCGCCCCCGGCGGCGCCCGCCCCGCCCUAGUUGCGGCGCGGUACGAGGUACCCAGACCACGUGCUUCCUGCCCCCGCGAGUUCAGAGCCUGAGGCCCGAGGAUCCCUCCUUGUCUGCCCUCGCUGAAGAUGAGCAAAUCCAUAACUCCUUCAACAUACGUGCGCUGCAUUGGCUAUAAACUCAUGAUGCAGCUGGCUGAUUUCAUUGAUCCACAAGAAGGAUGGAAGAAGCUAGCAGUAGAUAUAAAAGACCCUUCUGGUGAAAACAGAUACAACCAAAUGCAUAUAAGGAGAUUUGAAGGGCUAAUAAAGAUGGGAAAGAGCCCCACCUGCGAAUUACUGUAUGACUGGGGAACAUCGAACUGUACGGUUGGUGAUCUUGUGGAGCUAUUGACCAGGAAUCAGUUCCUAGCACCAGCUAGCCUUUUGCUUCCAGAUGCUGUUAGGGGGGCAGAUGAUGUUACGGUACCUCUUUCUUCACAAGAAACUAUGCCUAUACAUGAAAAACAAGUGCCUGUACAGGAAAAACCAGUAAUAUCUGCAACACCUCUAUUAGCUCAGAGUGAGGGACAACCUUCAGCUCCUUCCUGCUUACCUCAAGAGAACAACAGUCUGCAACUUAGUGACACAGGUUUCCACAGCUUUUGGUUCCAUGAGUUGAAAAAUGUUACAAACAACUUUGAUGAACGACCUAUAUCAGCUGGAGGUAAUAAACUGGGAGAAGGAGGCUUUGGAGUUGUGUACAAGGGCUACAUCAAUGGCAGAAUUGUGGCAGUGAAAAAGCUUGCUGCUAUGGUUGAUGUAAGCAUUCAAGAUCUGAAACAGCAGUUUGAUCAAGAAAUAAAAAUAAUGGCAAAGUGUCAACAUGAGAACCUAGUAGAACUGCUUGGUUUCUCAGGUGAUGGUGAUCAGCCCUGUCUGGUUUACGAAUACAUGCCCAAUGGUUCAUUGCUUGACAGACUGGCUUGUCUGGAUGACACUGCACCAAUUCCUUGGAGUACAAGGUGUAACAUUGCUCAAGGUACAGCAAAUGGCAUCAGCUUUUUACAUGAAAACAAUCAUAUUCACAGAGAUGUUAAAAGUGCAAAUAUCUUACUAAAUGAAUCAUUUGUGCCAAAAAUUUCUGACUUUGGACUUGCAAGGGCAUCCGUGAAAUUCACACAAACCAUCAUGACUGAUAGAAUUGUGGGAACAGCAGCCUAUAUGGCACCCGAAGCCCUGCGUGGAGAGAUAACACCCAAAUCUGAUAUUUUCAGUUUUGGUGUGGUUUUACUGGAAAUAAUAACGGGGCUUUCGCCAAUAGAUGAAAACCGGGAGCCACAGUUACUGUUAAGUAUCAAAGAAGAAAUUGAAGAUGAGGAAAAGACCAUUGAAGAUUAUGUCGAUGAAAAAAUGAGUGAUUGGGACACCAUUUCCAUUGACAAAAUGUAUUCAGUUGCUAGUCAGUGUCUGAAUGAAAAAAAGAACAGGAGGCCAGACAUUAAGAUGGUCCAGCAGCAUCUACAAGAGAUAAUAGCCUGAUAUCUGUUUCUUACCAGUUUGGUGCUAUUCCUGCAUUCCAGGCUUUUGUGGCCUCUAUGUGCAAUCUGUUGUUGGCUUUUCACCACUGUGCCUUCUUUCCUUGAAAGACCAGGCAAGGAACUUUCUCAUAGACUUUAUGCUUUAGUCAUUUAAGGGAGUUGAUGUCCCAUUAAAACAACGGAUAUCUUAAAUCACUUCUAUAAGACUUUCUUCAGUAGCCAGAGAGAGCGAGAACACGGAGGUUCUUUUUAUGGCAACACAUUGUGCUUCUGCUAUACCAUCUCCACUUCGUUUUCUAAAUAUAUUUCCUGACUAGAAUCCAGGCUUCUGCAGCUCCCUGGGUAACACGUACCUGUUACAAGGAGACUAUGAUAAACAAAUCGAUGACUGGUAAAUUGCUUCUAAGCAGAAAGACUAGCCCUUUUCGGUUUCUACUCUAAGCAAAAACAUUUCAAACUGAAGAGAUCAGUCUGUAUUGCUCUCGGACAGAGUUUAGGUAACCUGCAUUAAACUGUUGUUCCAUGUGGUCAUAGAGUCAGAGUUCAAGGCCAGAAGGAACCAGCAGAUCAUUUAAUCUGACCGGCUCUAUAUCACAGGCCAGCACCUGCACACAUCAUUUAAAAAAACAUCCCUUCCUGACCCCUGCAGAUGGCCAGCUGAAACCCUGAAGCAUAAGCUUUGAAGAAUGUAUGAUAUAAACUGGAAGUGAGCCCCAAGGCUGCUGAGCUCAGCCCCCCACCACCAUAAGCAACCUUGUCAUAGUCACACUUGUUAAUUUGUCCAGCUCUUUCUUAAAACUACAUGAUCUUGGUAAUACCCAUUUAAAACAAACUGAGCUACUUUGCUCAAUGUUUUAACUUAUGUUGGGAAUCGAAAUUAAUGUGAAGUCCCUUUGGCAAUAGCUAUAAAUAUAAGCUGCCAUCUGUGAGUUUGCAGAUUUGUGUUUUUAAAAAGCCUACACGGGAGCAGUGGUAUUUACAUGGAAGCAUAUUUUGCAGUCUUUUUUUUUUCAACAAGUAAAAGGAAAAGCUGCAGAGCAGUGCAAAUUGAGAGUAGAGAACUGAGAAUUGAUAGGUGUGGGUUUACUUUUACUGACUCAUAUGACCUAAUGACAAGCCAUUUCAUCUCUAUUCCUCAAUUUCCCCAUUUAGGAAAAAGCUGUUUGACCUGUUUUCUCCUUGGAGAAAAUGCUGUAUAAAUGUAAAGUAUCAUUAAUACUCAUUUUGUAAGUGAUCAGUAUUGUCUUCACAUCCAAUAGCCGAGUUUAAUUUAAGAGCUUAUAUAGACUAAAAUGACUUGUGUACUUGAAAGGUUUUAUAAUAAAAGAAUAUAUGAUGGACCAAACCACAGGCUAAAAAUUGAUCACUCCACAGUGAAAGAAUAACCUACAUUGAUCUUGUAUAAAAAUGCUACUGUUUGUAAAUAGAAGAUACGAAUUUCAAAUAAACUUUCCUUUUUGCACCUGC